AUGGAUCUUUCGGCUGAGAUAGUAACGGAUGAUUGGCAGUCCACGAGGGAAACGGUGCGAGAGCGAAAUAAGUACAUGUUUCUUAAUCCCAUGAUAAGUGAUGUGAGCUUUCUAGUUCAGGAUUCGACCAAAGAACAGGGAAUGAAAGUCGCUUUGCCAGCUCACAAAUACGUUUUAGCUAUUAGCAGUCCCGUCUUUUAUGCUAUGUUUUAUGGCGGCGUAGCUGAACAGGGAAAACAAAUCGAACUUCCUGACUGCGACUCUGAAUGUCUUACUGAGUUUCUUCGAUUCAUCUACUACGACGAAUUACACCUCACUGCUAAUUCUGUGCUCGGUGUUAUGUACUUGGCUAAAAAGUAUUUGGUUUUGUCUCUGAUGCGUCGUUGUGGUCGUUUCCUUGAAGAGAGGAUCGACCCAAAUAACGUUUUCGAAACAUUGACGCAAGCCCGUCAUUUUCGAGAAAAGGAGUUGGAGAAGAGAUGUUGGUUCAUAGUUGAUCUAAACACCAAACAGUGCUUGCAUUCGCCUAGCUUUCUGGAGCUCGAUCAAGCAGCCCUGCAGUCGUUAUUACGGAGGGAAACUCUGCGAAUUGAGGAGUCGGAAUUGUUUGAGUAUUCCAUGCGCUGGGCUAAGAAACAGUGUGAAAUUGAAGAACUGGAAGUUUCAGGGAUUAAUUUAAGAACCAUUCUUGGUGAUGCACUUUAUUUUCUGCGGUUCCCGGUCAUGACGCAAAAGCAGUUUGCCGAAAAAGUUGUACCCCAAGAUGUCCUAACUGAUAGGGAGGCCCUUAAUGUUUUCUUACAUUUUAGCACCCAAAAUUCAAAGCCUGAUGUGCCAUUCCCCUUUGUGCCUCGCAGUGGAAGGCCCAUGAGACGCUGCUGCCGCUACUCAGAGGCCCCUUCUUCUCACCACUGGCACAGACCCCCCAGUAAUGGUACUGGACGUCGUGAAGAGACCCUGUUUUUCACUGUCACAACUGAAUCACCUGUUUACAUAGCAGGUGGGCGUGUCUUUACACGCACAUUUGGGCUCUCUGAUGUGGAAAGUCGACGCGACAAGGUUCAGCUUUGGAUCAAACAGGAAAGUCCUCCAGAGAAGGUCCUAGGUUUUGUAGAAGGAGAGUAUUUGCCAGAUAACAGUGGAACCUUUAAUGGAGAUGGUAUUGACGUUACAUUCAAAACUGCCAUACUUGUAAAAAGUGGGAUGCGAUACUCCUUACGCUGUGUGAUAUGGUUUAGCCAAAGUGUAACAUCUAAUAAAAACACCCCUCUAAAGGAAGUGGUAUGUGACCAAACUAAGUUUACAUUUGAAAACUUGUACUAUGGAUCACACUUUACAGAGCUCAUGUUUUACACCCCAUGGAGUGCAUAG